UGGUUUAGUUGUCAAAUUUUUAGUUGUUGCUCACAACACGUUUGACCCAAAGUAUUUGGUAUGUCAAUUUCCUUCUAAAAUACACUCGUAAUUCAAUUUUUGAUGGUUUGUGCGCUAUUUUAACAAUCAUUUGAUAGUGUUGGUAGCGAAAAUUUCUCAAAUCAAUCAUGAGCGAACACAUAGUGAUAGGCGGUAAGAAGUACUUGAUCCUCAAAACGGGCCUCUCGUCAAAUACACCAGGGUCACCAUCACCAGUUAUCAAGUUCAAAGAAAAGAAACCGUGGAACACGCAACAAACGUUUGAACUGAUAAGACUCUAUCGCGAAAAGCCCGAGCUUUAUGAUACCACCCACAAUGAUUACCUGAGUAGAGCGUCGAGAAGGAAAGCUUACAGAUACAUUAGCCAAGGGCUGUUAGAUAUCCGACCAAAUACAUCAGAGGAGGAAAUACGGACGAAAUGGAAUUCCUUGAGGACUCAGUUUAUGCGUGAAUACUCCAAAGGCAAAAAAGCAGCCGAAGAUGGAGUUCCUUUCAAACCAGGCAUGCUCUUUUAUGAAUCUCUCAUGUUUCUCAAGGAUUCAGAUGGAUCUACUAAACGAGAUGUCAUAAUUCUGGAUGAACCAGAAAUUAGUAUUAAUGAAGAUUCUACUGAGUUUAAGUUACCUAUUGAAUAUGAAGAGUCAAAAGAAGAAGACUGCAACGAAUUAGAAGAGUUAGGUGCCUCCAAAACUAAAAGUAUUACCGAACACGGUGAGGAUAAAGUGGUAAAAAAGGAGCCAGAAGAAACGAGUGACACCCCACCCGCAGCCAAGCGAGCAAAAGAAGUCAAGAAGGAUAAGAAUAUUUUCGCUCUAGUCGUCGAUCCUAAUCAAGUCAAAUCGCAGAAAAAAACCUUCAAUACAACCAUCAUACCCAGAGCCAUCCUUCCUGCUCCCACAGGAAAUUUUGCAUCUUCUCCAUCCACUCCAUCCAGAAGCAUCGAUGGUAGACCUUUCGAUGGGUUAUGUCAAUAUAUCGGUGAAACAUUAAGGUCUCUGCCCAUCGGACAAGCCAGGAAGCUUGAACAGCGGCUUCUGACAUCCAUGAUUACAUUCAUGUCUAACUUAAAUGAUACUUAAGUCACUUCGCUGCCAUUCAUUCAAAUUUUUCCAGUUACCCAUAUUGUAAAGUGAAAUAAAGUGUUUUUUUGUACCCAUAUUAGAGUCCACACUCUCUCAUGCCCGUAUGGCAGGUAAUUAAACUGAAUGUCAAAACAUUCAACAAUUAAAUUUUUAUUUUUUAUAUUAUAUUUUAUAUUCUCUUACUCUUUUUCUCUUCUAUUUUCGCUGUGUUACUGUCUCUUUGACUGUCCUAGUCUCAGUCUGUAAUGCAGUUAAUGUUUUGAGUUAAAAAUACAGUUAAUGUGCAGCUUUUGAAAUAUUAGUCUCUGGGCUCAAUGAUAUUGAAAAAUUUUAGUCAAAAUUAACUGCCUCGAUCUCAUUGGGUAGCUUCUGUUUCUCAUCUCAUGUUCCUACGGAGCAAACAGCUGCAAGUAAAUUAAUGUGUUAAAUUAUUCAUUCAACUCAACUGCUAUAUGUUAACAGUUAAAGUACCAUUUCUAAAUAUAUUUGAGCAGCCGAGUCCAUUUUAUUGUUUAAGUUAUUGUGUAAUGCGGUCAACAUUCUAUCAAAGACAUGCUAAAUUUUUUUAAGGAAAAUUUUUAUACAAUAUAAUAAGAAAUUUUGAAGUAUGUGCCAGCAAACCAUAAAGUAAUUCUGAAUGGAAAUUGUAUUUUAAAAUAAUUAAACAAUUGAAGAGUUUACAUUCGAUUAAGUUUUUCUAUGUUGGACAAAUAAAUUUGACGUUAAUCAAA